AUGGCUGUGCCCACCCUGGAAGGCAUCCCGGUGGAACUGCGUAUUUCCAUCCUAUUCACCAUACCUGAUCCCGGUACACUGUGGUCGCUAUUACGUGCAUCGCCUGUGUACUAUGAAGCCUUUGAGCUAGUGAAGAAAGACCUUCUUCGGAGCCUUCUACAGAAGCACCAUGCUGGCUUGGUUGACAUGACCGAUGCAAUAGCCGCCAUCCGUUCCAAAGGCUUGUACGCUUCCGAGCAAUCCAAUAAAGAAAAAAUCAUCGCACUUCUUGAGAGCCGAAAUUACAGCUACAAGACACCUCGGCCGGAAACUCCACCUGCGCAGCUUCUAGAUGAACCAGCAAAUACCCAGGAGACAGUGCAGUUGCUGCAUUUACAUAACCAGGCCCUAUUAUUCCUAGAGGAUUUCUGCAGAACCAUUAGGCGACCGGUAUGGAUGGAUGAGACCAGGUGGGAGAGCGACAUCAUACCUCUAGUCUUAACAGAGACGGAGAAACGACGCAUCAUCCGUGCCUUCUAUCGGUUGCAAAUCUACGGAAAUAUCUUCGGUUCAAUCGAACGUACUGUGGAUGCGGAGCACACCUCGGAGGACAACGAUUGGCAAGAGGAGCAAGAUGUGUUCACUGGCGGGGAGAUGUGGCGUCUGUUCUUUGGUCAUGUGAGUCCCUGGGAAGUUGAAGAAUUCAGCUGUCUAUGGGAACACUGCUGCUACCGAUACGAAUCGAUACUCCGCGAAGUAUCCGACAGCCUAGUGCAGACAGGUUGCAUGUUCUUUGACGAGCUGCCAGAAGAUCAACGACCACCACCUGGUUGCUGGUACACGGACUGUGAUGAUUUCGAAGACCCAAUGGACAAGAGAGAGAGCCUGGCCUCGAAAGGGCCCUCACUCCUAUGCAAAAUCCUGCGGGAAAAACAAUUCCUCGCCCGCCGGAACCUGGUCCUCAUCAACGUGCGAUCAUUUAGGUUAUAUUUCUAUGACUUCGGAAUCUGGCCGAGACCGAGCGACAAUGAUCAAAUGGAACUGUUCUACCCUGCAGACAAAUUCAACUUCGGCACGGACAGGAAUGGACUUCGAGAAUUCCUGAAAUCAUUACCGUCGUUUGAACGGCCUAACCUAGCAUGGGAGAGGAUAUGGCUUCGAGACGAUCUCAAUUUUGCCCAGGUGUUUUAUGACAUGUAUGAGUUUGGGGCUACUAAUAAGCACCGUCCGUGGCAAUACGCUUUGUGGGAUGACGAGAGACUCAUCGAAUGGAACGUACCUAUUCUCUCUGAUGACUAUCCGUUUUGGGACCCGCGACAUGACAAUUGA